AUGGCGAACGGUGGACACGGGGUGGUCGUGAACGGGGUUGGUGCACAUGGUGUCGGCACUCUUUCGAGAGAGGAAAGACGAAGACGCAGGAGAGCGACGCAAAAGUAUCGAACUGCGCACGCCACAAGAGAAAGAGUUAGAGUGGAAGCUUUCAACCUAGCAUUCGCGGAGCUUCGAAAGCUGCUGCCAACCUUGCCACCAGACAAGAAGCUCUCGAAAAUCGAGAUCCUUCGGCUGGCCAUCUGCUACAUCGCUUACUUGAACCACGUCCUCGAGGCCUGA